GCUUCCGUGUUCGCUGGAAAUGUCUGGUUAUACUGUAACCAGUUUACUUGAAAACAAUAUAUAAAUCACAUUAACAUUUUGCAUGAGAGAAAUUAAGUUCAUAAUUUUGAUUAAUGGACAAGAGUCAUAAUGAGAACAUUAAACAUAGGAGCUAUGAAGCUUUCAUGUCCAAGUGAUAAUGUUCUGAGAUUUACAGUCGCAACCCGGCUAUUCUCUAGUGAAUUGGUUAGCAUUGACGAGAGCUGGAAGAAGAAAUACAUUAGUUUACCUUCUUGUCGCGGUGGUACGAGGAAGUCAGGACAUUAUGUGCCAGGAGUACACUUGCAAGAUUCGUCAAUUGCUGAGAAGAUCUUGCCAAGAACAAAGACUGGAGAGAGGCUUGGCUUUGUGAGGACUUUGUUAAUUGACAAUUAUGAUAGUUACACCUUCAAUAUAUAUCAGGCACUUAGUACCAUUAAUGGAGUGCCUCCUGUGGUGAUUCGAAACGAUGAGUGGACGUGGGAAGAAGCUUAUCAUUACUUAUAUGAAGACGCUGCUUUCGAUAAUAUUGUUAUAUCACCUGGACCUGGUUCUCCCAUGUGCCCAUCUGAUAUAGGAAUAUGUCUUCGCCUUUUGCUUGAAUGUCGUGAUAUUCCCAUUCUAGGCGUCUGCCUUGGCCACCAGGCACUGGGUUAUGUCCAUGGAGCUCAUGUGGUGCAUGCCCCAGAACCAGUCCAUGGACGGUUAAGUGGGAUUGAACAUGAUGGGAACAUAUUGUUUUCUCAUAUACCAUCCGGGAGAAACUCUGAUUUCAAGGUUGUUAGAUACCAUUCGCUGAUCAUAGAUAAGGAUUCACUGCCAAAAGAACUCGUACCAUUAGCGUGGACUAUUAAUGAUGACACUGGUUCUUUCUCUGAGAAAAGGUUCCUUGUUCCUGUGAAUAAUUCUGUGAGCCCACCAAGGGACGGAUCAAUCGUUUCUGUUUCAGAAAAGUUGGAAAAUCAAAGUUAUUGGCCUUCGUCCCAUGUUGAUGGAAAACAAGAUAGACACAUUCUAAUGGGCAUCAUGCACUCUACUUUUCCUCAUUAUGGUUUACAGUUUCAUCCAGAGAGUAUUGCUACCACCUAUGGAAGUCAAAUAUUCAAGAACUUCAAAGACAUAACUGUGGAUUAUUGGAAUCACUGCAAAUAUCCAUCAUUGCUACGAAGAAAGAUUAAUGGAACCACAAAGAUGCAGGUGCCUGGUGCUUGUGAAUUGCUGAAAGAACUUUCCAGAAGUAGAAAUACAGAAAACGGUUCGAGCUAUAAUGGUAACCCUGUGACGUCCCUCUCUACUGCCAAGAAAAAUGGAGUAGACGUCUUAGAACCUAAUGCAAAAUUGCUGAGGUUGAAAUGGAAGAAGCUUGAACGUCUUGCACAUAAAGUUGGUGGAGCAAGAAAUAUAUUCAUGCAACUCUUUGGUAAAAGUAGAGGGCAUGAUACUUUUUGGCUGGAUACUUCCUCUAGUGACAAGGCUAGAGGGCGUUUUUCAUUCAUGGGCGGUAAAGGUGGAUCCCUCUGGAAGCAGUUGACAUUCAGUUUAUCUGAUCAAAGUGAGAUUACAUCUAAACAUGGUGGACACCUUCUGAUUGAAGAUGCUUACAGUUCUACUGAGAAAAGAUUCUUAAAAGAAGGCUUUCUAGAUUUUUUACGUAAGGAACUUUCAUCUAUCUCUUAUGAUGAGAAGGACUUUGAAGGGUUGCCUUUUGAUUUCUAUGGUGGAUACGUAGGUUGUAUUGGGUAUGAUAUUAAAGUCGAAUGUGGAAUGCCAAAUAACCGUCACAAAUCCAAGGCUCCGGAUGCAUGUUUUUUCUUUGUAGAUAACAUUGUCGCCAUUGAUCAUCAUCUUGAUGACGUUUAUGUAUUAUCUCUUCACCAAGAUGGCACCGUAGAAACCUCUUUCCUCAAAGAUACCGAAGAGAAGCUCAUUAGCAUGAACGUUUCGUCUACAAGAAAGUGGAAGGAUCAAACUAAUCCUCCUAUAGAUUCAUCUACAAGUUUUGUCCCUGACAAAUCACGAGAGCAGUAUAUCAACGAUGUUGAGAGGUGUAUGCAGUACAUCAAAGACGGGGAGAGCUACGAGCUUUGUCUCACUACUCAGAACAGAUUGAAGAUAGGGAACACUGAUCCUUUGGGACUCUAUCUACACCUCAGAGAGAGGAAUCCAGCUCCAUAUGCAGCUUUUCUCAACUUCUCUAAUGCAAAUGUGUCUUUAUGCUGCUCAUCCCCUGAAAGGUUUCUUAAGCUAGACAGACAUGGAGUGCUUGAAGCAAAGCCGAUCAAGGGUACUAUGGCUCGUGGCUCCACACCUGAAGAAGAUGAACUUCUCAAACUGCAAUUGAAACUCAGUGAGAAGAAUCAAGCAGAGAAUCUGAUGAUUGUUGACCUUCUGAGGAAUGAUCUUGGUCGUGUAUGUGAGCCUGGCUCAGUGCAUGUGCCUAACCUCAUGGACGUGGAAACAUAUACAACAGUACACACUAUGGUGAGCACGGUCCGUGGACUGAAAAAGUCAGAUAUUAGUCCAGUGGAAUGUGUAAGAGCAGCUUUCCCUGGCGGGUCAAUGACCGGUGCUCCGAAACUGAGAUCGGUCGAGAUUCUUGACUCGCUUGAGAAGUGUUCGAGAGGUCUUUACUCUGGCUCAAUAGGGUAUUUCUCAUAUAAUGGCACAUUUGAUCUGAAUAUUGUGAUAAGAACAGUGGUGAUACAUGAGGGUGAAGCUUCCAUUGGAGCAGGAGGAGCCAUCGUUGCUUUAUCAAAUGCGGUAGAUGAGUUUGAGGAAAUGGUUCUUAAGACUAGAGCUCCUGCUAAUGUGGUCAUUGAGUUUUGUAGAGGUGGUUCAGUAGAUUUGAUUGAUAAAUAAAAUGUAUAUUUUUAAAUAGUGAUUUGAUAAAUGCUUUUGAAAUAAACUUUAUAUUUUAUUUUGGGUACACUUUACCUAAAUGUAACCCCACUUCCUACAUUUGUAGUUCUUUCACUUUCACAAUUUAUUUAUUUAAUAAGUUUUACAUACAA